AUGCACUCUUCAAUGGGGUCCAAGUCCGCUCCCAGCGAUAGCUGGACGACGAUCGAAUUCCAUACAAGUCGCCACACCAAGGACAGAACGCCUGAAUACAACGAUGACAACGAGUCAUCAGCCCAAGUCGCCAGCAUAUCCUCUUCCAGUUACAACGGCGCCUUGGCAUCCGAGAUUGCCCAAGGUGAUCUCAUCACUGGCACUCAUGAGAUACCCUAUCGCGCUAGAUCUCACGGAUGCUCAACGGAGACCGCAAGCUCGGACCAGACCUUCUUCGCCGACGAGGUCAUGAAUCGCCAGGAAACAGUAGCUACGGCUCCACCUCUGACGGCUAGCCAGUCCCUUCCCAAAGGCCCUUCUCUCACUGCAUCGGUCCUAGGGCGAUAUAGUGAGGUAAUGGCCCAACCCUACGUUGGCAACAUACCCAGCUGGAUUGAGGGCGCCGGCUUCGUUGGUCGGCUUGCCAGACCUGUGGUCUCCGAAAACCCUCCGACCACAAAGCCUCCCAAGUCCAAGCAAAGCAUUUCGAGCAGCGUCGGAUCUGACUGGGCAUAUGUUCCCUCGUCCCCGGAGCAGGCGAGCCUUAUUGCGGGUUCCGGCGGAUGGUGCGGGGAGCCAGAUGGCAGACAUCCCCGUCGAGUCUCGACCCUCGACCUGCUUGAGGACCCUAUGCCUCUUUCUGACUGA